AUGGCGUCGUCGAAAAAGUGGCUGACUAACCACGACGUCGACGAGAUGGUGCCGACGCAGGCGCCGCACACCGCGCGCUUCCAGCCGGUGAUCUUUAGCGAUGCCGGCUCGAACCUAUAUCCGCUGUGCGACAUGCCGUCGGACGCGCUGCCCAAAGCGCUCGUCCCGGUGCUCAACCGCCCGAUGAUUGCGUUUCCGCUGCAGUGGCUCGUCACGGCCGGCUUCAAGAGCUGCCUGCUGGUCGCUCCGGUCGCCGAGCACGCGGCGCUCGCGGCAGCGCUGCGCACACUGCACCUCCUCCCGCCGAACGUCGAUGCGGCGAACGUCGACGCAAACGCCAAGCCGAACGUCGCCGUGACCGUCGGCGUUACGUCGGCGACGCUCCCUGGCGCAGAAAACCUCAACAGCUCGCCCUCCUCGCCCUCGAUCACGGUUGAGCUGCUGCCGUUCGGACCCAAGGUCGGCGAGAGCGUGCGCUCGCUCGCACAGCCGUCGGAGAGCGUGACGCGCGUCCGCUGGGGCACGGCCCAGCUCCUGUACUGGCUGGCCGCCACGCGCAAGCUCGAGCUCGACCCUUUGAUUAUGCCGGUCGACCUGAUUGCACCGCAAAUGCCGCUCGCAUCGCUCCUUGCAACACACCUCGCCGCGACGCCAGAGCCGCCGACGAUCUCGUGCCUCUUUUACGAGCGGGGCGCGGGCGAAGGCACCGGCAAGGAACGCGAACGCGACGGACCCGCUAACCUCUUCACCGCAUACUCACGCGUCCCGGUGCGCGUCCAGGAGGGGAUCCAGGCCGCGACAGACGGCUCGCGGCGCGACAUUUCCGUGCACGAGCCGCUGCUCGUGAUGGACUCGGACGACGUCAGCGACAAGAACGCGUCGGAUCUCGAGGUGCGCAUGAGCCUCUUGUGGAAACACCCACACGUCCGCAUCAGCACCGCACUGCUCGACUCGUUCGUGUACGUGAUGCGCCUCCAGCCCCUGCUGCCUUUGCUCGAAAUGCACCCGGAGCUCAACUCAAUCACCGGCCAGCUCGUGCCGUUCGUGGUCAAGUGCGGGUGGCAGACGCGCCUCUCGGAAAAGGCGCACUGGAUGGUAUCGCCUGCCCAGGCCGCAGACGAACCGGCACUGAAUGAGCGCAACACGAUUCACACACCGUCGCUGCCGCCAUGGACGAGCGUCACAGAGGGCAUGCCUGCUGCCCCGCAGCUCUACCGCCCACGGGCCGAGAUGGUGAUUGCGCGCCUGCGGCCCGAGGCGCAGCGGCCCCUCCCGCCCAACGUCCUGCCGAACUCGGAAACGGACAAGAAAGGCGCGAGCGCGCCGAGCGACGAGGCGUUCAUCGCGCGUGCGAAUACCGUGCCGACCUAUUUGGAAUGCAACCGUUACCUUCUUCGCCAGUGCGCCGCUGGCUCGCCCAUAUUUGGCCAGUACCCUUUGCCGGUCGUCGCAGGAAGCGGCAGCGUGCCGUUUGAGCAGCCCCAGGGGGUGCCGGAGAAUGCACCAAUCCACCCCAAGGCGCAGUUGUCGAUGGACUGCAUCGUCGGCGCAGGCACGCGCAUCGACGAACGCACCACCAUCAAGCACUCGAUCCUGGGCCGCAACUGCGUCAUUGGUAAAGGCGCACGCAUCAUGCGCUCCAUUCUCAUGGACGGCGUGCACGUCGGCGACAAUGCCAAGAUUGAAAACUGCAUUGUCGGCGCGCAAUCCUCGAUCGGCGACCGCAGUCAGCUCAAGGAGACGGAUGUCGGGCCGCAGUACGCUGUGCCGCGCGGUGCAGAGUCCAAGAACGAAAAACUAGUCGCCUACGAAGACUCGGAGGAGGACGAGGAGGACGAGUAG